AUGGCAGACUUUACGCGACAUCUCCAGAAGGUCAGUAAGUCGUUUCUCCAAUCGGACCCAUCAUCCCUACCAGAGAUUCUCACUAUUUUCCUGGGAGGCAGUCGCGUUUACAAGCGAAAUAUGCAGCUAAAUCUUGGAAGCGAUUAUGAUAGCAUCGUAGUUGUUCCAUCUAAGUAUCACAUCUACUCCCUCCUAAAUGAUAAACAGCGCCGCCAACUUUUCGCCGAAGUUGUGGGAAUUGAGAACGAGGCGUUCGGUGAUCUUGAAGUUCCUUGUCCCAGCUCUCCACUUUGGUCCGAGUUCGAUGCUGUUGGAUUUGCGGGCUACGACUCGAAUGGUAUUGAGAGGUCGGUUAAGUUGCUUAACUUAAGCGAUAUCGCUCGGAAAGAUACGAUAAACCUUCUUUCCUACAAGGAUAGACGCAUAUUCGACGCCGUUGGCCUCAGGGGUAAACGAUCCCUUUUAGUACAGACAACCUCUAUUCCUCACAAAUUGGUAGUACAGCACGACCAAUGGGUGUACGUGACUUCCCCUAGGGAAGUUGAGAGUGUUGGUGCAGCUUUCGGAUACAUGGCUGACCUGCUUUUAACCUCUGCCUGUAUCUACGAUCAAGGCACUUACGGCUACAAUAUAAAGAAGGUCGUUGCAGAACUUUACUUUUCCAAGAUCGGGGCCCCUCCGACUCUACAAUCGUUUUGUAGGCAUCCAUCUUUCCACCCAACAUACAUGAAUUGGCUUAGUCAUCAAUUGAAUGACUUAUAUGCCUCUAUGAAGGCAAAUACAACCGAUUCAAAUGCUAGAACAAGCAAUGGGGAGUUCCAAGUUCUUCUAGGCAAAACAGUUAGCACACAAGGGUUGUUUGUUUUAGAAAAUGCGGUGUCCAGUACCCAUGCAGUCUCGGAUGAGACCUUGAGACAGUUCAACGAUGGCCAAGUCGUCCGCCUUCAUGAAAAUGCACGAAUCUCCUCACCCAAACACAGCUCCUAUAAAGCAAGGACAAACAACGGGGUGCAGAUAUUGGUCAAACAGACACGAUUCGCUAAAGACGAAGAAUAUAGAGCGGAGAUAGUCUCAAGGUUCUUCCCAAGGGUGAUGAAGCCACGAAUCGCUGCCAAAGGUGAGCUACUCUAUCCGCUCUUCAGGGGCACCGCUAAAUCUAACAUCAGACUGUCAUAUAUCCGCGGCGGGUGCAAAGAUGAAGGCCUCGAGAGAAGGCUACUUCAUGCGGAGAUGGUACAAGCCGAAGAUACACUCCGCGCAUACAGACAGUCACUCUCGCUGGAUAGUAGUAAUAUUGAUAGUGCGGGCGUGUUACUGGGGCACAGCACCCAGCGAUUCUUCCAUGAUCGUCUUGCCGAUGAUUCUUGGAUGCGCCUACACUACGGACAAGGCGUGAAGCUACCUGGAUUCAGCCAUCCUAUCCAAUUGGACCAGCUUCUCACACUCCGUUGGCGCAUCAACGGAAAUUUGUACGAAUCUCUGCAAGACGCCUUUGAUUACGCUCGGCGAGUCGUUACGCCUGGGUCGACAUACCUGCGGGCAUGCCCCGUAGUAUUCGGACUCGGGAGUCCUGGCAUCAUGUUGUCAGACACGUUCACAAAAAAAGGCGGUUCCGGGGAGAUCGUCUUUACAGAUUUUAAGGGUUCAGGAUUCCAUCCAGUGAUGCUUGACCUCGCAGCGCCAUUGUACAUCGACACUAUGUUCGAGGCGCUUCCUGGGAAUACGCUAGAUGUUCGGAUCGAUAACGGGACGAAGUGUUAUCUCGCUGAAGGUGAGAUCGUUGUGGAUUUAUCACGCCGGGUUAAUGGCUUGACGCAGGCUAUCCUCGACAUAAAGAAUCAUUACUUGAUUAAACCUCUUUGUGAGGAAGUGCAGAGGCUAGGGGGUAAUAUGGAGGAUCACGUGCCUCUUCUUGCCGUUGCCUUAUUCUUAUGCGCUACCGUAUCCAAGCACUUCUCCGAUGAUCUCAUUGCUUUCGUGGAGAAUUUUGCUAUAGGACUGAGUUUCCUCAGAGCACAGAGUUUUGAUGAUAUCGAUGCUUGCUUUCGGAAACUUGGAUUUAGCUGA